CUUUAUGGCCGCCAGGAAGGGCCAUCUUGAGAUCGUCAAAUUCUUUCUUGACCGAGGUUUUGAGGUUGAAUGCAGGGACUCUAAGGGCUGCUCGCUGUUUCAUCUGGCCGCGACUCAUAACCAUAAAUCCAUCGUUGACGAGCUGAUUGCGAGGAAUGCGAAUAUAUUUUCCACGAGUGAUGAUGAUCUGUCAAUCUUCUAUUUUGCCGAAGAAACGAAUAUGAACGCUGUCAUGCCAGCCCUGUUCGAGGAUGUCUAUCAUGAGGAGGAUCGAUUGCGCGAUGCAGUGUCUCGUCAUGUUGCAGACAGCGUUUCAUUUCUACUGACUAACGGGGCAGCGGCAGAUAAUCAUGAUACUUACGAUACUUGCACGCUGAGCUUGGCUAUUCUCCAGAGCAACUGGAAAAUAUGCGAGCUUCUGUGCAACUACGGUGCUAUGCCUCACGGAAGCCUUCCUCAUUGCUGGCGGCUUUGUAAAGUGGACCGUCAUGAACCUAAGGAAAAAUAUCCCUUCGUGAUUCAAACUGUCUACCAUGGACAAAGAGCAUUCCAUGAGAUGUGGGACGCCUCUAAUCAAUGCUUCAACUUUCUCGAUCAUGAUCGAUUCAACGACGGUAGCCUGUUCAGGACAUCAGUUGGCUUCAACACCCUCCUCUGUGCAGCAUAUCAUGGGGACGAUGGAAUUGCUCAGGGCUUUUUUAACAGGUUCUCUGAGCUUGAACGUAGCGUCCCCGACGCAAUGACGCGAUGAGUUAUUUUCUCUCCAAGGGGGCUGAUCCCGACUACACACUGGACGGGGCAGUGACGGCCCUAUCGCAUGCAGGUUACCAUGAAUGGGUGGAUCACGCCCAGCUGCUUCUUUCUGCCGGUGCAAGUAUCACUUUAAAAGACGUUGCUGGCGAGACUCCCAUAUGGUACGCUGUUCAGGCGCGCUGGACGGAGGUGUAGGCGUUAUAUCGGAAGCAUUCACCAGCAGACUUUGAAGCUUACAAAAACACAAUGGGCUUGGAACGCGAUAAGAUUAAUACGGCCAAAGAUACCGGCUACUGCAAGACCUGUUCAUCUUGGUGGGAGGAUAAACUCAAUAUCUGUAUGUGGUGGGAGUAUGCUCAAAGGGCAGAUGCCGUUGCUAGAAGACACAGCGGUCGGCGGACCGUGAUACAUGAGUUUCUGG